CGCCACCGCCUGCCAGAAGCCAUGCCAGUGCCAGACCCAAGAGGGGACGCGGGCCGAUGGGCCAACGCCAGUACCCGCAUGCGAAUGCCCAGCCAGCCAGAGCAGCCGCCCAGAAGGAGGAAACGCUGGUUUUACCGAUGUUGCCGGUGCUGCUCAGGCCAGGGGGACGAUGGCGAUUGGGGGCCCGCGCCAGGGGAGGUGCCCGGUGCUCGGCGGACAGAUCCAGUCAUCCGCGAGGGCAUGCUGGUCGUCAGCGGCAUCGACAUGAUGAGCAGCCGAUCAGGAAGCAACCGGUGCAGCCACCACACGCACGAGUACGAGUACGACCACCUCAUCGUCCGUCGCGGGCAGCCCUUCGAUAUCCGGCUUCAGUUCCAGCAGGAUUACAUCCCCGAAGAGCACCGGAUUUGCCUCGAGUUCCUCAUCGGGCCCACGCCGCAGACCUCCAAGGGGACGCACAUCCUUGUCCCGGUGGGCACCCGGCUGUCCGACAGGAGCUGGGGAGCCGAGUUGCUUGACUGGGAAGGAAAAACCAUGACCCUGCGGGUCAACACUUCGCCCACAGCCGUGAUUGGGAAGUACCAGUUCAGCGUCAAGACCCGAAGCAAGGCGGGCGAGUAUCAGGCGCCCUUUGACCCCCGCUAUGAGACUUACGUCCUCUUCAACCCCUGGUGUCCAGAGGACCCCGUUUACAUGCCGCAGACCAGCACUCUGGAGGAGUACGUGCUGAAUGAAUCGGGGCGCAUCUACUACGGGACCGAGUCGCAGAUUGGGGAGCGGACGUGGAAUUAUGGGCAGUUCGACAAGGGUGUUCUGGACGCCUGCCUUUACAUGUUGGACCGUCGAGGGAUGCCUCACACGAGCCGUGGAGACCCCAUCAUGGUCUCCCGCGUUGUCUCUGCCAUGGUCAACUCUUUGGACGACAAUGGGGUCCUGGUGGGAAACUGGACGGGCGACUAUUCCCGCGGCACCAACCCCUCGGCCUGGGUGGGCAGCCGGGACAUCCUCCUGAAAUAUCACCAGACGGGCUACCCCGUGCUGUACGGACAGUGCUGGGUCUUUGCUGGAGUUGUGACUUCAGUGCUGCGUUGCCUGGGCAUCGCCACACGGACGGUCACAAACUACAACUCGGCCCACGACACCGACGUCAGCCUCACCAUGGACAUCUACUUUGACGAGAACAUGAAGCCCUUGGAGCAUCUGAAUGCUGACUCCGUCUGGAAUUUCCAUGUCUGGAACGACUGCUGGAUGAAACGUCCCGAUCUGCCUUCAGGGUUUGACGGCUGGCAGGUGGUGGAUGCUACUCCUCAAGAGUCAAGCAGUGGCAUCUUCUGCUGUGGACCUUGUUCUGUUGAGGCCAUCAAGAAUGGGUUGGUCUACAUGAAGUACGAUUGCUCCUUCUGCUUUGCUGAGGUGAACAGUGAUAAGGUGUACUGGCAGCGCCAAUCUGACGGCAGCUUCAAGAUCGUCUAUGUGGAGGAGAAGGCCAUUGGCCAUCUGAUCAGCACCAAGGCCGUGGGCUCCCACAGACGCGAGGACAUCACCACCAUCUACAAACAUCCUGAAGGAUCCGAAGAAGAGCGCAAGGCGGUGGAAACGGCUGCCAAACAUGGCACCAAGGCCCACAUCUACAAAAACAAAGAGUGGGGAGAGGACAUCUCGAUGACGGUGGAUACGCAAGAGGCCUACACGGGGCAAGACAUCACCCUGCGGGUCAACCUGAAGAACAAGAGCAGCAUGCCCCGGGAUGUCUCGCUCAACCUCUUCGUGUCCGUCAUGUAUUACACGGGCGUGACUGGCAGCCAUUUUAAGAAGGAACAGCGGCAAGUCCAGAUUCCGGCAAACGGAACCCAGACGGUUCCGAUGCUGAUUUCGUACGCCGAGUACAAGCCCCACCUGGUGGACCAGGGAGCCAUGAAACUCAGCAUCUCUGGGAAAGUGGCCGAAACGGGUCAAGUCCUGGCGAAAGAGCACACCUUCCGUCUGCGCACUCCGGAUCUCACUCUGACGUUACUGGGCCCAGCCAUCGUUGGACAAGAGACUCAAGUCCAGAUUGUCUUCAAAAACCCUCUUCCAGUCACGCUGACUGCCGUUGUCUUCCACAUGGAGGGGUCUGGACUUUCCACCCCCAACACCAUGACAGUGGGGGACAUUGGCCCCCACCAGACGGUGAAGAUGCGCCAGACAUUCACGCCACUCCGCCCGGGCCGUCGUCAGCUGGUGGCCAGCCUGGACAGCCCGCAGCUCUCCCAGGUCCACGGAGUGCUGACGAUGGACGUGGCCCCAGGACCCACGCGCCCCCCGGCGACUGGUUCCCCCGUCCCCGCUCGGGCAUCUCCUGGCCUUUCCCGAGACUCUCCAGGAAGGCAGCCCACCAACCGGAGCAGCCCCGCAAACACCCGUGCCUCUCCGGCACGCGGCUCCCCGGCCCGCGGGUCCCCCAAUGCCCGUGGGUCGCCAGCUGCUGCCAGAAGGGAUCGGACUGGGCGCCCUGUCUGAGCCAGAUUCUAGGCGUUAUGUACUGUGUUGUCUACGAUGCUGGCAGAAAUGGGAGCAAGGUGGGGGUGGGGAGGGGGAGAAGGGGUCCCCGCCUGAGCCUCAGAACCACAGCGGUGCAGUGGGGGAAAGGGCGGGGGGCAACUGGAGUGGCCCAGUCCCUGCGCACCCACCAAGAAAGACCCUCCUCCUACUGCCUCCCUUUCUGCCUUAUUUACCUUAGCCCUGAGGCUGUCUUGCCCACCAGCUUGCUACCCACCCGAACACACACACACACCCUCAUCUCCCUUGCUGUAUGUAUUCACCUGCCUGUGCCACACAGUAUAACUGUAAUUCACCCCUUCGGUUCCCAUAAAGAACCACCCGUUCUGCCCCAAGUCCAUUGGCACCAGUCCUCCCUUUGCGUUCGCUUGCUGCUUUCCCCCCAUCCCUGCCUGGUUCGAAGCAUCUGUCCUGUCCUGUUUUCUCACCUUCCGGCUGUCAAGAGUCCCCAAAACCUUUGGCCCUGGUUGCACUCCAUCCUUUCCACCCCCUUCCAACCCCCGGCAUGCUCGGUUCUGCUCCCCACAGAUAACAGGCAGCUCGACAAGGCCCACUUUGGGAGAGCCAGUUUGGUGUAGUGGUGAAGUGCGCGGACUCUUAUCUGGGAGAACAGGGUUUGAUUCCCCACUCCUCCACUUGCACCCGCUAGCAUGGCCUUGGUUCAGCCAUAGCUCUGGCAGAGGUUGUCCUCGAAAGGGCAGCUGCUGUGAGAGCCCUCUCCAGCCCCACCCACCACACAGGGUGUCUGUUGUGGGGGAGGGAGGGAAAGGAGAUUGUGAGCCGCUCUUCAGAGACUCUUCGGAGUGGAGGGCGGGAUAUAAAUCCAAUUUCUUCUUCUUCAACAAUAGCUUUGCUGUUUUGUUUUUUUAAGCCCUUCUGAGGUGAACACAAACGAGCCACCCCUGAGCCUAGUCUUCUAAGUCUGUCCCUACCGGAUCGACUGGAAUUCACCCCUCCUGUACACGAAACGGGACCGGUCUUCCUCAAGAAGCUUUGGGGAGGCAAAUUUGUAUAGGUUAGGCUGGGGGUUUUCAAGGAUGGCCAUUAAGAAAUGCACACACUGGGAUGAAAUGGAGAAAGAAAGAAAAAAGCCACCGUUAGGGUAUAUUGGCCGGCCAUUGCCGGAUUGCCUUCGCUCACGUAUUUAAACGCUUGCACUUUUCAAAGAGCCGAGGCCUUCUCUGACUUGCACUGAAGCUGAGCUAUUAAAGGAGUUAUAGGGGGAAGGGGUGGGGGGUGGGAGGAGGGAACACACAGCCGUACGGGCGACAGCCCAACCUGGCGAUUGACAAGAAGAGACCACUGUGCAUUGAAACGACAAGCAAACGAACAACGCCAAGCAAAAUGCUGUGAUACUUUUUUUUUCAUGCAAAUGCAGGUAUUUAUUUGAAAAUAAAUGGUUUUUAACUCAA